CUCCCCAAAUUCAACACUCGCGCCGUUUACGUUCACUGCUCUCCUCAUUUUCUCUCUCCUAAACGGCUACACUUCCUGAUCUCGCCACGUUUCCUCUUCUCCUUCUCCCGCCUCGGGCGCCUCCCUCGAUCUAUCCGUUAACCCUAACCCCCUCUCUCUAUUUUCUCUCUCCUCCACCAGAAAAUAAAAUAAAGAAAUUCCAAAAACAGAAAAAGAAAAUUAAAAUAUUAAUAAAAUGGGGAAGCUACUAUGCGACAGCGCCACCGUAACGGACACAUUACCGCCGCAGACUCCACCGUUGUUAACUUGGAGGGACCCACCCAGCACCAUAACUCCAAUCACCACAGCCACAACCACAACCUCUGUUGAUUUCCCGUCCACGUCGUGGGAGGAAGUGACGGGGUUAGAAGACCAACAAAGGAGGAAUCUUUCGAGGUUACAAGCUAAGGGAGUCCUGUGGAAGCACCCAGAGGAUAAAACCCUCCCGCCGGUGGUUUUCCGGCUGAGUCACGGCGGCGAUGUGGAUUCCGAUGGGAACUGUUUGUUCUCGGCGGUGGAGAAGGCGGCUAUAUGGGGGUUGAGAGAAGGGGAGUGUGGUGGGGCCAAGGAGUUGAGGAGGAGAACGGUGAAGAGAUUUGAAGAGGAUUUUGGAUCGGCGGAAAAUGAGGAGAGAGAAAAGGUGGAAAUAGUGAUCAAGAAUUUGUAUACACCAGAUCUACAAACUGGUUGGGGGAUUCAUAUUGUUCAAGAACUUAAAUUGUUGGCGUUGAAAUCUGAUCGUCAGAUCUUGGAUGACGCCAUUCUUGAGCUCCUCAAUCUUGGUAUGCUUAGAGAAACGGCGGCAGAAUCGAUCUACAAAGAGAGAUGUAUUGCAGUGGACGACGGCCCGAGUUGGGCUAAAUACAUGUCUAUCUCUGGUUCUCCUGAUGAUGAGUAUGAUAUCAUCUCAUUACAGUAUACCGAGGAGGGUUUGUUAACUGUGGAUGAAAAUAGAGAAGGCCGUGCUGCCGCUUUUGGGGAUGAUAUUGCAAUUGAGUGCCUUGCAACAGAGUUCAAGAGAGAAAUUUUUGUGGUGCAAGCACAUGGAUCAGAUGCUAUGGUUGAUGAAGACAACUGCGUUUUCUUCCUACCACAUCGCCCAAGGGGUGAAAUCACUGAACCUCCACUCUUCCUCUUCAUGAAAGGGACAAGUUGGUGUGGUGCCGGAGCUGAUCAUUAUGAGCCCCUGAUUGCCCAUCCUUCUUCCCCCGUCUCUCAGGAGAAGGUUGGUUUUGUACUGUGACAAGUAAAAUUUACUUUAGAAAUGAAAUGCAGUUUUUUGGUAGAGGUUGGACUAGGAGAAGCAGCACCGGCUCUCGAUAUCUCCUCCCAGAUUGAUUAGUAGUAGAUUAAAAAGUGGGUGCCCCAUUCUUUUGGUAGGCUGUAGAGUGAGAAAUUUUUGAGUUCUAUCCAAUUCUUUAGCGUUUAAGACAUGGAGAUUCAGUUCAUUCUGAGUUCCGAGGCUGAGUUUUGCCUGUGUUGAACUCGCUGCUGCACUCGAACAAACCCCAUCCCCAUGAAAAAUGUAAUUGUUUAGGGGGGUUUUGUUCUUUGUGUUCUAUUGAGUUUGUUGUAGUUCUAUUUUUUUUGUAUGUUUUUUUUCGAGGUAAAAAAACUCCUAUAUUUUUGUUACUGGGAUGCUGUACACAAUCCUUGUUGUGUAAAGGAGUAGAAACUCCAUUCUUUUAUGGCAUAUAAAGCUUUGUUCGUCUCCAAUAAAUUUUGGCUGACUGAAGUAUACAGUGAAAGGAGAAAUUCAUCGGUUAAAACAGAAAGAUGGCGAUGAAAUUCGUCAUGUUCACCCUUGUUCGUAUGCUGGAAAGCAGAAGAGGUUGAAACAGGCAACGAAGGAGUCGCCAAAGCUCGUGUUAAAAGUGUUAUGCCCGGCUUCUACGCGUACGCAAUCUGCGAAUCUUUGUGCAAGAAGAACAAGUUCCGUUGUUUAUGUGACAAAGCUUUGCUGCAAUUAGUAUAAUUUGUACUUGUUCAGUUGAUAUUUGGAGACUGGAGUAAGAGUACGAGGGAGACGAAAGAGGUAGCGACUAGCGAGAGAGAGAGAGGGAUAGGAGAAUGACAGAAUGUGUUACUAAUGAGACAAUUUGGUUAUUAGUCAUUUUAUGGUUAAUUACUAUACUUACAAGUGAUAUGUAUGCUCCAAUUUUUAAUCAAGGCUAGUGAGGAAAUGUUGAUUUUA